GCCACGGGUCACUCACUCAUUCACUUAUCUCUCUCUCUUCUCUCGCUCCCUUCAUGCACGCUCUCCCUUUUCUCUCCACCAGCCGUCAUCUCUCUCGCUCACUUUCUCGACAGAGAGAGGGAGUGUGAUGAGUUCGUGACGCCAAUCAGCAUUUUUUUUAAGAAGUUCGUUUGGAAGUAGGAGUCGAGGCACGAGACGAUUUGGGAAUACGACCACUUCGCCUACUGCGCAGCGAGCAUUGUUUAGGGUUCUUACGCUGCUCAUAUUUAACGAGAUGCGUCUGUGCGUUUUUUGUUUGUGAAGGCUCUUGUACAGUUUAGAGUGGUUCGCGUGUAAGUCUGUGACUCCAGCCUGAACGCAGUGGGACAUUAUUACAGUGGCAACGUUGUUGCAAGAGUCGUUUGUAGGAUGCGUGUUCUUGUAGUGCGCCGUAAUGUGAAAUGUGGUGUUUUUGUUUAGUAUGGUGCGGGAAAAGUAACUGCAUGUGUGCGUUUUCAUAAUUAGCUGGAAACUGCCGUUGAGCAAGAUUUACUUAUUAUUUUUCGUGUGCGUUAAAAGCAUAUCGUUAUGUUAUUUAAACUCUAAGGUUUAUGUAUGUUUAUGCAAGGAGUACUUAUUCUAUCAUCUCGCCGUAAUCUCGUUGUUCAACGUAGUUUAUCCCUUCGUACUUAUACAUUUUCCUCUGUGUUAUAUUUCAUCAUCAUCAUCACCGUCCUCAUUGUUAAACUUACCAUUUCAACCAUCGCAUCUUUUAACAAACAUUACAAUUCACCCUUCUACCCUUCAAAACAAUAGUUCUUCCACCACUUUCGCCACUCAUCCGUGCACCGGCUCACACCGCGCGUGCAAUUGCAUUCACCCUUUACCAGAGUGCCCUGACCGGAGCGAUCACUACAACCGCUACUCACUCACUCACCACCACCGGGUUGGCGACCCAUCAUCCCCUCGCUUCUCCGCACAGCGCUGGCAUUCAAGAUGAGUCGGCCUCCGAGUGGGCCCCAUCUGAGACUCGCCUGUUGGGGACUUGUGCUCGUUCAACUGUGGACAGUCGGGGCGACCUCGUGGUGGUCGCUGGCCCUGAGGGCCCCUGACCGCUCCGAGUCUCCGAUGAUCGGUGCGCAGCCGCUGUGCGCCUCGGCGCCCGGCCUGUCCCCCGGGCAGCGCAAGCUCUGCCACCUGUACCAGGACCACGUGGCGCACAUCGGCGAGGGUGCCCGCCUCGCCCUCAGAGAAUGCCAGCACCAGUUCCGAUCUCGGCGAUGGAACUGCACCGCUCUCGGCGCCGACUCGGUCUUUGGACCCGUGGCUCAGUCAGUGAUCGGGCGAACGCUGAAAUUAAAUGCAGCAAUGCCGCUGACCGGACGUCAGUUUGCAACGGAGCUCAUAAAAAACACCAAAGUGUGCACCUGCCUUCAGUAUGCCAGGGAUGUGCACGGGAUCCACUGA